UUUUGAGUACGUAGACAGGAACCAGAAGAUCUCAGUCCGUCAGAAGAAACAGCGAGAAAACCAAAGUCUGCAAACUAACCAAGAAAGAAAGAAACGAACCACCAAAGAAACGUCAUGGUGGCCAAACAGCGGAUCCGCAUGGCGAACGAGAAGCACAGCAAGAACAUCACUCAGCGAGGAAACGUGGUGAAGUCAUCGAGGAGCAUUGCUGAGGAUAAAGGUGUGGGGCCCUGGCUGCUCGCACUCUUCAUCUUUGUCGUCUGUGGAUCAGCCAUUUUCCAGAUCAUCCAGAGCAUUAGGAUGGGCAUGUAAAGUGAAGUCACAGCCUGAGGGCGGGGCUACAAUGGCGAGCGUCAUUCAGAAUGCAUCGACCUGCUGCUGAGACCAACAGCAACACGCCGCUGCGUUCCCACCCACAACGCCAACCACAUUCCUGAACUUUGACCGUUCCUCCAUCCAUCUGUUUGUUCAGUCUGUCGCUGCCUGCUGACCUUCUCACAGGUUCUUCCAUCCACAUCAGACCUCAUCAGCACUGCGCAGGGGGAAGGGCCACAGUGCAGAGGCUGAUUUUUUUUUUUUUUUUUUUUUUUUUUUUUUUUUUUUUUCUGGGGGGAUUUGAAAUUUUCCUUUAAAAGAAAAAAAAAAUUGAGUUUUAAAAUUGACAGUUUAAAAAUAUCCACCUGUCACCAAAACUUCAGAAUGGACUCAACUCAUUUUCUUCUUGAAAAAUCACAAAUUUGAACCACUCAGUCCUUCUGUUUGAAACCUUUUCAAAUUAACGGCACCUGAACUGACUGAUCGACCCAAAGACACCACACGGAUGUUCUGAAAUAAAAGGCAUUGAACGUUUUUCUGCCCAUCUUUCAAAUGUUACCCAUCAGGUUGUUGAGAUCUGAAGACAUAUUUCUCUGCCGUCUCUCGCACCUCUUCAGCACCACAAAUGACAUUACGGCUCUUUGGUCACAUUUUGUCAACCUGCUUUAAAAACUUGCUUUCUUUUGUGCGAUUUAGUGGCAUCACACUCGAAUGAGCAACUUUUGCAUCAUCCAUCAAUACGGAACGUGCAGAUUGGAAGAAAACACGAUGUGAUAGAUUCAGCACCACAAAAUUGACCUUAAAUCACUUCUCAAAGUCUUCUCAAAACUUUUUUUUUUGACCAGUGUAAUUAAACGUGUUUAAUUUUCACUAACAUAUCUUUUUCUCUGUCUAGUCCUAGAUGUAUCUACUUAUUAGAAACCUGUCUGGUGUGGACCUGUUUAAAUGGUCCAGAAUUGUCAACAUUGGUGUAAACGGUCUUUAGCUAGCUGUAAGUCCGCAUGCUGUGAGACGUAGAAUCCCAACUUAAAACUCGUUCCACUCUGGUUUUAUCCCAUUUCAACAAACACCCAUUUCUGAUGUAACUUAAGAAAACCUUUGUCAGCAUUUGUAAGUUUUUGAACAGCAGCAGCAGCUAGCGCAACAGCUAGCAUCAAUAAAUAGAAAACAUUUGAUAAAUAGACUCAAAACAUUAAAGUUGCUAUGCUAACAGUAGCUAAUGUUAUACUUGCACCUUACCACAUUGAGCUACACCAAGAUCAAAGCACUAACCACAGAAGAAACCCCACCCCUAAAAUGACAUCACAGCCUUUAAGCUUUUUGGUAAACUUUCAUUUACAUUUUGAGUUGUCAUUAAUUUUCUCA